AUGAUUUUCUCAAUCCUCAAAAGAUUGCUUGCCAGCUGUCUUAUAGCGGUGCCCCUUAUCGUUCAACCGUUGCCUAUCUAUUCCGAAACCUCUUCGGUUGCUACCAAUGGCAGCUUUCUCGAACCGCGACUACAUCGACAAUUCAGAAUCAUGGACUGCGAUCUAGAGCACACCGAUGCGAUCAAUACUGCAAUAGCAGAAAUUCCGCAAGUCCUUGCGAGAACUAUGGUAAGACUCGAGGACCUUAUCUCUCAGCUUGAAACUCCAGGUUUUGACAUUUUUGAAGAUCUUGAUGAUACUGAUUAUUCUACUCUUGAUACCUUUGGUGUUCUUUACGGCAGAUUGCUCUUAACCGACAGUGAGGUUGAUGCAACAGAUCCUGAGGAUGAGCCAACCGCUGUUGAUAUCUUGAAUGAUUAUCUAGAUUUUGCUGGCCUCAUGUACAAUGCAGUGGCAAGCAUAGCCACCCAAAAUCUAGAUGUCACUUGCAACAAUGAUUGGACAAACGAGAAAAAUAACGAUGACGAGGACUACGGGAAUGCAACUGGUAAUGACGGAACCGAUUACUAUUAUGACAAGUCCGGUAAUAACUUUGGAUGGAUCCAAAUCAAAAAGGUUUGUCAGAAACAUCCCACCCUUGAAGGGUUUACUUUUAGCAUUUCUUCCAACUUAAUGGUCGAGAACCAAAAUACCCUCGCCAGCAUCAUCGCUAUAUGCCCUCUGGCAACUAGUCGUGCCCAAUUUAAGACUACACUUACCUCUAUCAAAGACAAAACUCUUGCCAAAUCAGAUUCUCUGGAAAAGCUUGCCUCACAAACUGCCACGUUUUUACUUCUUCACGAAUUUUCGCAUGCCUUGUCCCUAGUCGGGGGUUAUGCAAAGGAUGAUAAUGCAUACUCGUGGGGCGAAUGUCUACGAUUGGUCGAUGAAGGGUCAGUGGAAAUGGCAAUUUCGAACGCUGACAGCUUUGCUUUUUUUGCUGCUGCCAUGUUUCUUGACACCUACACGUGGUAUACCGGACAAGCAUUACCAAAAGAUGAUCAUAUGGAAUCAGAGCAGCGUAGAUUCUAA